AAAAGCUUGCUGUGGAGUAUGGGGGGCUCGAUGGGUAUAGAUGUCCCUCCGAAUAAGGAUUCCAUCUCCCCCGAAAAAAUCAGCCAGUUCCUCAACAUGGUCCAGGAUGACCUCGUCAAGGUGGACGUCUAUUUCCAGAGUCUCAACCUCAACGUCAUCGAGCAACAGCCCAAACGAGACCUCAAGUCUCUCAUUUCGGAUCUGGGGGGGAUCCUCGGUAUCUACCUGGGUCUCUGCAUCAUCGUCCUCAUCGAGAUCUUCGAAUUCCUCUUCCUCCUCGUCUACAACGCCGCCGCGUAUUUCUGCUGCCCGUCGAGCGCCAUCAGGCCGGUCACAGUCGAGAAUCCGAAAGCGAGACGCGAAGUCCUAUCCAAGCGAUCCAGGUCGCUUUCUCCUCGGCCAAACCUGCAACUCCAGCCCUACACUAAAUAUUCGCCUUCGUUCAAGGAGAUGGCUGCCGUGCCGGUCACCAUGCCACAGGAGUACAUGAAUCCAAGGAAAUCUUAUGAGAAUCCAUUUACCUUUUGA